AUUCACUUUGUUUCUAUGAGGAAGAUAUAUUCCUAUCUUUUUCUCUUGAUUCUGGUUUUCGGUUUUGUUCAAUGCAGGAAAGUACAGAAUAAUCCAAAGAUUAAUAGAAGAGUGCCCAAUACGCCUAAACAGCAGGAAUUACAAAUUGAAUUAUUGAAAGAAAUCUUAAGUGCGAAACGAGAUCUUUCCAUGAACCAAGCGCUAGAGAAUAAAAGAUACAAGAAAUAUUUAGAAGAAGAGGAGGAGAAGCUAUCGAAAAAGCUGAACAUGCUGAAUAAGGAAGCCAUUAUGCUGAAGAUCGAAUCGGAUAGUUAUUAUAACGAAUUGAACUUACUAAACGAGAAACUCGAUUCGUAUGAACAGCUCCGCAGCCUUUACCCGACAGUGAGUGAUACAGAGAGCAGAUUUAUCAAUGACAUAAAACUCGACUUUGAACAAUCCAUCCAGUACAUUUUUAGAUACAUUCUCGCCGCUUUCGAAGACGUGCUUGUUCGCUUUGACGCCUGGGAGAGUGGAAUCAAAUAUCAAAUCAAUCUCCUGCGUUUGGAUCCCGAUCGUCGCGUCUUCAUCGAUUUCAUCACGAGCAUUUGGAAUUACUUUGCUAAUCUCAUUCAAACAGUCGUUCAAAGGUAUGGAUAG